CCAGCAUCUGUACCAACGAUGUGCAAAGGCCUGACAUCAAGAUCCCACGUUACAAUCCGGCAUUGAGCACGUCGCUCAUCAUGCCUGCCAAAACGAUAAUCUCAUCAUUACUUCGCGCGCCUGCGAUCUCCCGUCAAAACGUCUGCUUCCAAUGCCGCUCCUUACAUCGACUGAACGCCAUACCAAACACAGUUCCUAAACCAAUUCCAUUCGUUCCAGAUGUACCAACAUUUCUCAAAUUAAUCGGUCGAUCACUCUCGAAACACGCCGCCGAGAUUCCGAGUUGGGAAGCACUCUUCACAUGGAGUUCAGAUCAACUCAAAGAAGCUGGAGUUGAACCGGCCCGGACGCGAAGGUAUCUGCUCUGGUGGCGCGAGCGGUAUCGAAAUGGCAUCUACGGCAUGGGAGGUGACUUGAAAUUUGUGAAAGACGGCGUGGCAGAGCUUAAGGUGGUACAAGUCACGGCUCCAACCGAUAACGCACACCUCACUGCUGGAACACUAAGUCAAGAUCCGGGAAUGAUGAAGGUGGUUAUUAACACGGAAUCUGCUAUUGACGAGGAGAAAGGCAAGGGCGCUUUGGAGGGUCUGGCGCCACCGGCACAUAUGAGCCUGCAACAGGCGAACAAGGUGCAGGUGCGAGGCAUCAAGCUAUUCCGUACCAACACCAUCGGAGGAACCGGGGUGGAGCAGGUGAAAGGACGUACAGGCGUUGCAAGGCUUCGUGUUACUGAGGGUCUGUGGGAGCAGCGCAGGGGUCACAAGGUUGACGGUGGUGAGCGCAGGCAAGCAAUGGUCAGGUCGAAGAGGAGAGCUGCCGAACGAAAGAAUGCGAAAUAGAGUCGCAUAUGUAACAACACUUGUAUCGUUGGAGGAAUGAGCUUGUCUCUCGUCUCUCAUCGACGGGGCGCAGAUGGUUUGGCGAUAUUUUGAGUCGCAUGAUGACGCUCAUGUAAAGUCUUAUUCGCGGGAAGGCAGGAGCAGUGCCCUUCCUGAUGUACAUUGAACAUUUCACGUGGAUGUCUGCCCAUGUAUGCUUAUCUCAAAUUCUCCCAUAUGUUCACAAGCGCGAUCACUUUUGGCUGUG